CAAACUUCGGAGUCUCCUGCUGCUGCUUCGCCUUUUCUCCGCAACUCAGCACGAAAACUUGAAAAGUUUUAGUGGAAAAUGAGUGAGUUAAAACCAGAGGAAGUCGCCGCGGAGGAGGCGGACAGCGCUGACGAAACGGACUGGGCGGCCGCGAAGGCGUUUUUCGACAACCUGAAAACCAACAAACCUCGACCCCCCAAACCCAAGUUCGCCGUCACCAUCGCCGUGUCCUCGCGCACCCUCUUCAACAUGGUCGCGGAGAGAAAGCUGUACGAGGAGGAAGGGGUGGAGAAGUACGUGGCCUUCCAGGUGGAGAAUGAAAACCAGCCCCUGAAGCCUGGACCCGCGUUCCCCUUCGUCAAGGCGCUGAUGCAGGUGAACGAGCGUCUGAGACAGCUGUACCCCGACAGCGAGGAGUUGUUCGACAUCGUCUUGAUGACCAACAAUCACGCUCAAGUCGGCGUCCGCCUCAUCAACAGCAUCAAUCACUACGACUUGACCAUCGAGAGGUUCUGCAUGACCGGAGGGAAGAGCCCCAUCGGCUACCUGAAGGCCUACAUGACCAACCUGUACCUGUCCAAGGACCCGGAGAAGGUCACCGAGGCCAUCGAGGAAGGAAUCGCCGCCGCCACCAUGUUCAUGCCCGACACCGAGUCAGACCUGUGCGACACGCAGCUGCGGGUGGCGUUCGAUGGUGACGCCGUGCUCUUCUCCGACGAGUCGGAGAUCAUUGUCAAGAAGCACGGACUGGACACGUUCUUCGAGCACGAGAAGGAGUUUGAGAACAAGCCUCUGGCGCAGGGUCCGCUCAAGUGCUUCCUGGAGGCCCUGGGGAAGCUGCAGAGGAAGUUCUACGCCAAAAACCAGCGGCUAGACUGCCCCAUCCGGACCUUCCUGGUGACGGCCCGCAGCGCCGCCAGCUCCGGCGCCCGGGUGCUGAAGACGCUGCGCAGCUGGGGGCUGGAGAUCGACGAGGCUCUCUUCCUGGCCGGGGCCCCCAAAGGGCCCCUGCUGCAGAAGAUCAGACCCCACAUCUACUUCGACGACCAGAUGUUCCACAUCGAGGGAGCCAAGGAGCUGGGCACCAUCUCGGCUCACGUGCCGUACGGCAUCGGCCAGAAGUACCACCGAGGGAAGCUCAUCGAGCCGGCCGCCGACAGCAAGUAGAUGCUGCCGCAGGAAGCUGAAGCCGCAGGUCCUCACAGGAAUAAGGGUUUUUAAGGAUGUCUCUUCCUUCUUUUCCAGGGUCACUUUUUUUAACAACUUUAUACUGAAUCUAUAUUUUACACUGUUGCUGCUUGUUUACGUCUGAGGAGGGGAGAUGUUUACACCAGAGCUGCUUCUCUACACUAAACCCAGUCACUCGUGCUUCAUGGGAAACGCUGUCGGUCUGAGCUCCCGUCCCGUCCCGUCCCGUGCGGCCUCUCACCUCCGUCCUGGCUGUGUCUGGGUGAAGGAGGGAGGCUCUCACUGCUGGAUGCGUGUCACGAUCAGGGACCGUCGCUGCCGCUCCUGCGCACAAACCCGAGCCCCCGCUGUCGGGCGGCUGGACCUCUUUGUCCUGGUGUAGAACUUGUUCACUGUACUCGCGGUUCUCCACUCGACUCCCUCUCCUGCAGCCUUCGGUGCCUUACUUUAGAGUGUGAGAGGGUCUGGAAUCCACUGUGGAGCGUUGAUGUUUUGACCCACGGCAGCAGAGGGCGCUGUUGAGCCGAUGUUACCUGCAACACAUUAAAAUGUAU